UAAUAAAAGAAAUACAACUUUUUUUCUUUAAAUAAAUACCCUUUAUGGCAUUAAAGCUGAAUCUGCUAUUAAAAUUGGAAUAACUGGGAUAUUGAUUUUUUGAAAUUAGUAUUAUAAAAAUAACGGGGCAUUAAGCUGAAGUAAAGUUGUUAUAAUUGAUUUCGAUUUCAAGCAUUGAAUUGAUAAUAAAAAACUUUAUCAAAAUGAAUGUGGCGGUGAAUAUUGCAAGCGAGGAUAUGAUGGCAUUAUUAGUACGAUAUGGCUUAUAUUUAGGUGCAAUUUUUCAAUUAGUUUGUUUAUUUGCGUGCAUUGUUUUACCAGAUUCUGUGAGUGAUUUAUUCACCUUGGCUGGAAAUAAGAGUUGUGACAGUGAUGACGAAAGUUCCGAACACAGUAGUCCACAAAAUACGCCAAGAAAACCGUAUCAUAGGUCACGGAAACAAGAUAAAAAGAAACGACGCUAAAGUGUUGAACUUUGUAAAUAAAUUUUUAACACUGAUUAUUAAUUAUUUUAUUAUUUGUGAUUUGUAUCAGUAUUGUAAUUAUGUAUACUCUCGCCAAGACUUCGCUAGAUUAUACUGAAAAUAAUCGUUAGAUUUUAUUGACAAUUUUCUCCGUCUAGGAAUCCAUGGUGCGCCUCGUCUCUCUUUGUGUAACUUCUUUUAAGUGAAAAUUAAGGAAAUCGAAUCAUAAUAUUGAAAGAAAAAAGAUUGUAAACUUUUGUUACCAGUUUGAAAUUUUAUAAACGUUGUUCCUCCGUUCACCCCAGUGUCGGUUUAGUUUGAAAUUUAUGAAUGUCUUUACAAAAACUCAUAGUAAUUAUUUUUUAGAUAAAAUUCCUAGUUGUUUACAAGAAAAUGAUAUAAAACUGCAAGUGAUACGUGCCACCUUAUUAGUCCUUGACCUUAUUGCCGGAGUCAAAUAAAAUAUAUUCUGAAAGAAAGAAUUUGUAGGAUAUGCGUAUUGUACACAUGACGGCGAGAAUUAAUUACUUCAAAGCCUGAUAGUACAAGUGUACAUAUAAAGAUCUUACCCUCUUUGCUUUGAUAAUGUCUCGGCGAAAGAUUACAAUAAGUAUUAAAAAUAUAUUAAGAAUAUUGUUCCGUUUAUAAAAAUAAA